CAAGCUCUCCUGAGGUCUGGCAGCUCCGGCUGCCGGCAGAGGGAGGCAGCCUCCUUCCUCCUCCUCCACUAUAUCUGUGGCCCCAAGCAUACCUCUCUCCUGGGGCCGCGACCAGCUGGCCACAGGCCCAGGGCCCCAGGACCCUGGCAGUGCAGAGGACAGGACAACCAGGGGACACCAGAGGGCCCCCUGACGCUGAACGCUACAAUGGGAGGCAAGCUCAGCAAGAAGAAGAAGGGCUACAAUGUGAACGACGACAAGGCCAAGGACAAGGACAAGAAAGCUGAGGGCGCAGGUGCCGAGGAGGAGGGGACCCCGAAGGAGAGCGCGCCCCCUGCAGCGGCGGCCAACGGUGCCGAGUCCCAGGAGCCGGAGAAGCCUGACAAGGACAAGGAGAAGGAGGUCGAGAAGGACGCCGAGGGCAAGGCUGAGGCCAAGGAGGGUGACCCGGCGGCAGCGGCUGCGCCCAAGGAGGAGGCGCCCAAGGCUGAGCCUGAAAAGAGCAGUGAGGGCACCGCUGAGGGGCAAGCGGAGCCUGGGGCCGCGGCAGCUGAGCAGGAGCCCGCCGAGCCCGGGCCCGCUGCGGGCGGCGAGGCCCCCAAGGCAGCCGAGGCAGGCGCCCCUGAGAGCCAAGAGGAAGGGGAACCCAAAAAGACUGAGGCUCCCGCCACCCAGGAGACGAAAAGUGACGGGGCCCCGGCUUCAGACUCAAAACCCAGCAGCGCUGAGGCUGCCCCCUCCUCCAAGGAGCCCCCCGCAGCCACGGAAGCGCCCAGUUCCACGGCCAAGGUCCCCGCAGAGGAGCCGAAGGCCACCGAGGUCCCUGCAGCCAAGCCUGACCAAACCGUAGCGGUGAAAGAGUGACCGGACAGCCUGGAAACACCACUGAGAAACAAUCUCUCUCUCUCUCUCUCUCUCUCUCUCUCUCUCUCCUUCUCUCUCUCCCUCUUCCUCUUUCCUUUCUUCACUUUCCUUUCUCUUCUCUCUUCUCUGCUUACUAACUGGUUUCCAAUCGGAAGCAAGGAUGUGUAUUGCCCAAGGGGGGAAUUAAAAGGAUGCUGACCCAUCGAGGGAGGGAGGGAGGGCGGGGGUGGGGAGAAUCCAAAUAGUAUUUUUGUGGGGAAAUAUCUAAUAUACCUUCAGUCUCCUUGAUCACCAAGACCUGGAUUGGAAAGAUCAGCGUGGAAGCGCCGAGUCCGGCCUGCUCCAUCCCGAGGCCUGGCCGGCCCUUCUGGGCCGUGGGGAGGGGUGGGCGGAUGGAUGGCCUCUGCCCGCAGGGCCUGUGCCCACGCACUCGAGAUCUUUACGAAAGCAGUAUUUUCUGUGUUCUCCUUUUUAAUUUACAGCCUUUCUUAUUUUGAUAUUUUUUUAAUGUUGUGGAUGAAUGCCAACUUUCAGACGGAGCCCGCCUAGCCUGUCCAACCCUCCAUUCUUCCUCUCCAGAUAUUUUUGGGAGCAAACGAGCAUUCUCUCAUCGUACUUAGCCUACCUAGAUUUCUCAUGACGAGUUAAUGCAUGUCUGUGGUUGGGUGCACCUGUAGUUCUGUUUAUUGGUCAGUGGAAUUGAAAAAAGUCUGCGUUCAUUGCAGUUCACUUUCUCUUCAUUCUGUGUCAUAGACACCAACACACCACUCAUUGGAAAAUGGAAAAAAUAAAAUAAAAAUACAAAAAAAUGUACAAUGGAUGCAUUGAAAUUAUAUGUAAUUGUAUAAAUGGUGCAACAGUAAUAAAGUAAAAUAAU